GGAUGGGGGCACCACGUGCGGCAUUGCGGUGGUGGUGGUGGUGGUGGCGGAGGAGGCCGAGGUGCGGGUGCGGGGGAGGAGGAGGAGGAGGUGGAGGAGGAGGAGGAGGAGGAGGCGGGCCGCAGCGACGGUGAGGGUGGAGGACGCCGGCGAGGUGAGGGGGCUGCCGCCGCCGUCGCCGGCGACGGGGCCGCACGCCGGCGGCGGUAGGUCGCGCGGGGCGCGGCGGCAGGGGGAGACCAUCGCCAAGGGCCACAAGAACUAUGAGCUUAUGCUCAACCUCCAGCUCGGCAUCAGACAUGCAGUAGGAAAACAAGGCCCGAUUACGCUUGAUUUGAAGUCAUCAGCUUUUGACCCAAAGGAGAAAGUAUGGACAAGGUUUCCUCCAGAAGGAUCAAAGUACACCCCUCCUCACAGUUCUUGCGAUUUCAAAUGGAAAGAUUACUGCCCGCAAGUGUUCCGGACACUACGCAAGUUAUUCAAGGUUGAUGCGGCAGAUUAUAUGUUGUCCCUUUGUGGUGAUCAGGCUCUCCGGGAGCUCUCAUCCCCCGGUAAGAGUGGAAGCUUCUUUUAUCUCACGAGCAAUGAUCAGUACAUGAUAAAGACGAUGAAGAAAUCUGAAGUAAAGAUAUUUCUUAAGAUGCUUCGAGCUUACUACAAUCAUGUUCGGUCAUUUGAGAACACUCUAGUCACCAAAUUUUUUGGUCUACAUUGUGUAAAGUUAGCUGGAGCUAACCAAAAGAAGGUUCGUUUCGUCAUCAUGGGAAACUUGUUUUGUUCUGAUUAUUCCAUUCAUAGACGAUUUGAUCUGAAAGGCUCAUCACUUGGACGUACAACUGACAAGCCACAAACAGAAAUUGACGAAUACACUACUUUGAAAGACCUCGAUCUUAACUUUAUCUUUCGAUUGCAAAAACACUGGCACCAAGAGUUCCUAAGACAAGUCGAUAAGGACUGCGACUUUCUUGAGCAAGAGAACAUCAUGGACUACAGUCUUUUGGUGGGUGUACAUUUCAGAGACAAAAGAAAUCUAUUAGCAAGUGAAGGUUCCUUUGAUAGUGAUAGUAGCAGAGCGUCAUCGCCUCACCUGUCUAGAGGAGAUACUGAUCCAAACAGGUUUUCGAAGAUAAAACUUGGGUCCAACAUGCCAACAAGAGCUGAGCUAACAGUACGAAAGAGUGAGUGCGAGCCUCAGAUCAUCGGAGAGCCUACUGGGGAGUUCUACGAUGUUAUACUAUAUUUUGGGAUUAUAGACAUCCUUCAAGACUACGAUAUCAGCAAAAAGCUUGAGCAUGCAUACAAGUCCUUUCAGUAUGACCCAACAUCUAUUUCAGCAGUAGAUCCGAAACAGUAUUCCAGACGCUUCAAAGAUUUUGUGUACAAAGCGUUCCAAGAAGAGAAGAUAGACAUCUGAAAACACAUUGGGACUCCAGAGCUACCGCAGCUGCCGACAUAGAUGCUGGUCAUAUUUCAGCAGGUUUGAUGCCUCUACUUGUAUAUGAUCAAGCAGAAGCCAUCAGGCUGAUCAAGGCCCUGCUUGCAGACCCCCAAGGAAUUCAGAUGGCUCCGAUUGGGACAAUGGUGCUUUUCAAUAAUCUCAGAUUCAACAGUCUUUUCUUCCCCUGAAAAAUAGACACAGCUUCCUAUCUACAGCUACUUUGUUACAAUGGCCAGUCUAGCAUAGCACAUCAAUGCCAAGCUAUGCCUAAAUAUAGCUAUAUACAUGCAUAUAGAAUCCACUAAUGUUAGUGUAGAUGCUGACUUGAAGAUUCAUUCUUUUUUUUGGCACACUUGAAGAUUCAACUUACAGAGAGAAGUUUGUAGUGACAAAGUUCAGAGAUGUAAAUGUUUUAUGAGAUAACAUGUCGCUAUCCUCUUGUUUAUGUGUGUUAUUAACGAGGGCAUAUUCGCCUUAUGUAACUCAUAUGAAUCAUUCUAAAGUCCAUAACUUUAGGAGAUUCUUCACUGUUGAAGUCAAUGGCAUGCAGGAAUAUCUGAGACUGACACCA